UUGCGCGGCCAUGUUCCACAGCAGCACGCAGCGCCGGCACUGGACCUUCCCGGUCGAGGAGGAGCUGUCCCGGCGCCGGGCCGAGGCGAACCGCCGGGCACGGGGCAGGGCCGCGGCCAGCGGGAAGGUGCCGCAGGGCGAGGCGGUGCUCCUGGAGCCGCACGAAGAGCUGGCAAUAUGCAAAUACUACGAGAAGCGGCUGUUGGAUUUCUGCGCCGUGUUCAAGCCGGCGAUGCCGCGGUCCGUGGUGGGAACAGCUUGCAUGUAUUUUAAACGCUUUUACCUCAAUAACUCAGUGAUGGAGUAUCAUCCUCGGAUAAUAAUGCUAACGUGUGCAUUUUUGGCCUGUAAAGUAGAUGAAUUUAAUGUAUCCAGUGCACAGUUUGUUGGUAACCUUCGAGAAAGCCCUCUUGGACAGGAAAAAGCUCUUGAACAAAUACUGGAAUAUGAACUGCUGCUUAUUCAGCAACUGAACUUCCAUCUCAUCGUCCACAAUCCAUACCGGCCUUUUGAGGGAUUUCUAAUUGAUUUGAAGACUCGAUACCCGAUGCUGGAAAAUCCCGAAGUUCUGAGGAAAACAGCUGAUGACUUUCUCAGUCGAGUGGCUCUGACAGAUGCAUAUCUGCUCUUUGCUCCCUCACAGAUAGCUCUCACUGCCAUAUUAUCUAGUGGUUCAAGAGCAGGAAUUAAUAUGGAAAGCUAUUUAUCAGAAACUCUUAUGCUGAAAGAAAACAGAUCAACCUUAUCCAGACUACUAGAUGACAUGAAAUGCAUGAAAAAUCUCAUCAAGAAAUAUGAACUGCCGAGGGCUGAAGAGGUUGCUGGUCUAAAACAGAAAUUAGAGAAGUGUCAUGCCUUUGAGCUUGCACUUAGUACAAACCUGAAGAAGAGGAAAGGUUAUGAAGAUGAUGAAUAUGUUGCAAAGAAAUCCAAAAUGGAUGAGGAAGAGUGGACUGAUGAUGAUCUUGUGGAUUCUGCAUUACCUUAAAGGAAGAUGGACUCCUAUGCCACAGGUUCCUUAUAUUCUGUGUCAUACAGCUUUUGUACUUUUAAUCUUGGCAAUAAAGCCUAUUAUUUUACUAAAGUAAAA